GUCGAGACCCGUCCUGCACUAUGGCAUUGGCUACUAGCCAAAUUCGCUGGAACCGCUGUGGUGCACACCACGACAACUCUCGACAGCGCUCGCCCAUCCGUGUCAGUCCUGUUCUCUCCUAAGCACUCAGUAAAUGCCUAAUCCUUCCAGCUGAAUGCUGCCGCAUCCGUUUGCUUCCGCUGCCAUGCUGCCUCUGGCGUCAGGGGCUCGAACCUUGCAGUUUGCGUGCCAGGCUCCGGGUGAAAGGACAACAGUACUUCUGGCUAUCAGGUCCGAUAGGCCGUGUAAAGAAGGAUGUGACACCUGUUCAUUUCCCGGGGAUACCGGCAUGCAGUUACAGUGUGCUUGCUUCAUUUUGAGCUGCCUAGUGUGCUACCCGUGGAUGAAGCUAGAAAUCCCGAAAACGCGAAUUGAUAGUGAUCUUGUUGGUUGAUUCUAUCUAACGUCGCUGAGGGCAGCACCGUAUAUUAUUGCGAC